GGGCUGGCUAACACACAAGGAUCCGUUUUGUGUUAUGUGUCAGAUUAUUGUACUUCCUGAUUCACCAUGAAGGCAUCUGUACUCGCAAUGUUGGUUCUCGUCACGGGAUUUGUAAGCCACUGCUCCAGCCAAGAUUGGCACAUACUUCAUGGGAAAGCCGAUUGCCCGGGAAAUUUUCUUAACUGCCAUCUGUCCUGCCUUCUAAUUUUCAAUGCGAGCACUAAAGGCGUUUGCGACGGUCCAGGUGGCAGGCAAUGCGCAUGUAUCCUUGUGGGUUGCCCGAAUAAUCCUCAGGGAUGCCAAUACGUGUGCUCCAAAAACCUAAUAAGCAAACGCUACAGAUGCGGCGGCUACAAGAACCAAUUCUGUAGAUGCUUUGAAUAG